AUGCUGCCUCUUCCUUCUUUACUUCCUUCCUCGGCGGACAAAGAGCCACCUCCCCGGCAGCAUGAGCGGCUCCAGCCCGGACCAAGAGCAGCCCGAGAAGGAGAUGGAGCUCUCCGCCGAGGAGGAAACGGCGGGCGCCGAGUUGGACUGGGAAGCGGCCAAGGCUGCCUACGAGAGCCUCACCAGCACCAAGAGACCCCGGCCACCCAAACCCCAAAAUGCCAUCACUGUCGCUGUGUCCUCCCGGGCUCUCUUUGAUAUGGUGGAAGAAAGGAAAAUCUAUGAAGAACAAGGCCUGGAAAAGUACGUGGAGUACCAGCAGGCAAACGAAAAUGUCACUCUGAAGCCCGGGCCAGCUUUUUCCUUCGUAAAGGCCCUGGAGCAAGUUAAUGCCCGGCUUCGUGAGCUGUAUCCAGAUGACGAAGAGCUGUUUGAUAUUGUGCUCAUGACUAAUAACCAUGCCCAAGUCGGGGUGAGAUUGAUCAACAGUAUUAACCAUUAUGGCCUGUUAAUUGAACGGUUCUGUAUGACUGGGGGAAAGAGUCCUGUUGGGUACUUGAAAGCAUACCUUACCAAUUUGUACCUGUCUGCUGACUCUGAAAAGGUUCAAGAAGCCAUUGAAGCAGGAAUUGCUUCUGCGACUUUAUUCACAGGAAAUAAAAAGGUUCCUUUUGAUGAUAAGCAACUUCGAGUGGCUUUUGAUGGGGAUGCUGUUCUGUUUUCUGAUGAGUCUGAAAUAAUUGUGAAAGAACAUGGACUGGAUAGAUUUUUUGAGCAUGAACAGCUGAAUGAGAAUAAACCUCUUGCACAGGGUCCUUUGAAAGGUUUCUUGGAGGAUCUUGGAAGGCUCCAAAAGAAGUUCUAUGUGAAGAACGAGAGGCUGGAUUCACCAAUCAGGACGUACCUGGUGACGGCCCGGAGUGCUGCCAGUUCAGGCGCCCGAGUGCUGAAGACUCUCCGCAGCUGGGGAGUGCAGAUCGAUGAGGCCCUCUUCCUCGCAGGAGCACCCAAGGGACCAGUCUUGGCCAAAAUCAGACCUCACAUUUUCUUUGAUGACCAGAUGUUUCACAUAGAGGGUGCCCGGCAGCUGGGCACAAUUGCUGCUCAUGUGCCAUAUGGCAUUGGGCAGAAGUACCACAAAUCCAAACUGAAAGACAGUCCCACCACCAAUUAGUUCCUUCUCUUUUAGCAUUGAAUCUGUUGAUCAAAAAAUAAAUUUCCAUAUGUGGACUUCUUUCAAAUAUAUAUUUAAACUUGGCGCCUUCAGGUUUGUACUGUUAUUUUUAGAUAUUUUAUACUAUAGACACAUUUUUGGAGUGGGGUUUUGUAAUGUUGCUGAAUUAUUGGAUACAUUCUGCAUUCCCCUGUGCAUACCCAGUAGAGCUUUAGUACCAAAUCAAUAAAGUACAAGCCAGAAUAAAAUCAAUAAUGUUUCCAUUAA